GCAAAAGAAAAUGGAGACCGAUCCGGAGAAGGACGAGCAUCGAAAAAUAUGGGUUUUGUGCACUUGAGACGUGGUAAUUUCGAGGCAGCAAUAAAAGACUUUGAGUUGUGUCUGGAAAUUGCCAAAGAGAUUGGAGACAAAUCUCACGAAGCUUCUGCUCUUACAGGUCUUGGCCUGGCACAUGACAAUCUCGGACAUUUCCAUAAGGCUAUGGAGUUCUUUCAACUGCAGUUAGAAAUAGCUAAAGAACUCGCUGACAAAAAAAAGAAGAAAGUUCGUAUUGUAAUCUUGGAAAUACAUGUCUUCACCUAGGUAACUUCAAGCAAGCCUUGGUCUACCACACUCAACUCUUAAACAGUGUAAAAGAGUCAGGGGACAGGAAAGGCGAACAAGUCGCAUAUGGUAGUAUUGGUACUGAUAACUACAAGCUCGGAUUCUUGAAGGAAGCAAUUGAAAAUCAUGAGCGCCAGCUAGAACUUGUCAAAGAACUCGGAGACAAAGACGAAGAGGCACGUGUAUGUGGCAAUCUUGGAAACGAUCACAGAAGUCUUGGAAAUCUGAAACAAGUUAAAUACUACUACGAACUGAGUUUAACAGCCGCUAAAAAAACCAAAGCAAAGGCUGUAGAGGGAGGGGUGUACGCGAAUCUCGGGAUUGUCUAUCGCCUUAUGAAAAAAUUCCAAGAAGCAGAAGAAAAUCACGACAGGAAUCUUGAAAUAUGCAAAAAAGUGGGAGACAGGCCUGGGGAAGGACAGGCCUAUGGCAAUCUUGGACUCGUUUAUGCUGAUCUUGGAGACUUAGCAAAAGCCCUUGAAUAUCACAAACUUUGUCUUGAAGUCGCUAAGGAGGUAGAAGAUAAAGCUAGCGAGGGACAUGCGUAUGGCAACAUUGGCACCACUUACCAAAGACUCAAUGUUUUUGAUAAAGCUUCACACUAUCAUGAAUGUCAGAGAAAAAUUUCCAUUGAGGUAGGCGAUAAAAUAGGACAAGCAAUCGCUAAUUAUAAUCUCGGAACUGACUUUGAGUCAAUGGGUUCUCUCUGUGAAGCUCUUCAUUGCUACGAGUCCAGCUUAAGCAUUUUCAAUGAUUUGAGGAAGAGUUUCCAGUCAAACGAUGGGUGGAAAAUUGACCUACAAGACGUUUAUAAAAACGUUUAUACAGCUUUGUGGACAGUUCUCAUAAAGCAAGACAAGAUUAGGGAUGGUUUGCUCGCUGCUGAGCAAGGACGUGCACAAGCCUUAAAAGAUCUUAUGAAAUCGAGAUACGGCUUUGAAGUGGCUGAUCAUGGACGUCCGACGCAGGAAAUGUCAAUCGAUGACACACUGAGCUGCAUCUUAUCAAAUAUAGUUUUUACAGCAGUACACGUGGGCCUUAGUUGCCAUUGGGUGUUGCAAAAAGAGAAUGUUUGUCUACGGAAACUAUCGAUUGAACACGAUGUACAUUUGAUAUUAGAAGUUACUUGCGAGACGAUUCGAGAGAUGGUAAAAGAGGAAGACAGUAAAAGGUGCGAGGAUCGGUCACUGGACAGGUUACGAAACAAUGAAGAGGACAGUGAAGGGUGUGUUCAGAGGCGUCCAGCUGCAUUGCCCAAUCAGGAUAAUCCUUUCAGAACAUUGUAUGAGUUGACUAUAAGUCCGAUAGUUGAUUUAAUUCAUGGCGAUGAGCUAAUCCUAGUGCCUGAAGGUCCCCUAUGGUUGGCCCCCUAUGCUGUGUUCAUGGACCAGAAUUCGAGAUACCUCAGUGAAUCAUUUCGAAUUCGUUUUAUUCCCUCUCUGCUCAGUUUGAAACUAAUCUUGGAUUGUCCAGCAGAUUACCACGCAAAGAACGGUGCUCUGCUCGUAGGAGAUCCUUGGGUAGAAGAAGUUAAACUAAAGCAACUCCCGUGUGCAAGGAGGGAAGUGGAGUUGAUUGCUGAGAUUCUUCAUACUACUCCCCUCACUGGCAAAGAGGCGACAAAGGAUGAGGUGCUUAAACAGCUCUCUAAUGUUGCACUAGUUCAUAUCGCCGCUCAUGGUCGAAUGGAAACAGGAGAGAUUGCGCUGUCACCAAAUCCUACACGAUCAUCUGAAAAGCCCAGUGAUGAAGACUUUCUUCUAACAAUGAGCGAUGUGUUGAAUGUCAGGCUUCGAGCAAGACUAGUUGUUCUAAGUUGUUGUCACAGUGGCCGUGGGGAGAUCAAGGCAGAGGGUGUGGUCGGCAUUGCAAGAGCUUUUCUUGGAGCUGGUGCUCGUUCCGUUCUGGUGUCACUUUGGGCCAUUGACGACAAGGCCACACUGGAGUUCAUGAAAUAUUUCUAUCAGCAUUUAGCGGAAGGAGAGAGUGCAAGUAAAUCUCUGAAUCAAGCCAUGAAGUUCAUGAGAGAAUCGGACAAGUUCAGCGACGUGAAGUACUGGGCACCGUUUGUUCUCAUUGGCGAUGAUGUCACUCUAGAAUUCCCCGGGAGCCACUAG